UUGCAAAAAAUGGCGGAAAGCCAGCAGAAUCGGAGUCAAAUUAAGAGAAACAAACGACCUCAGUAGUUCAAGUACAACAUGUCUAGGCUAUCAGAACAGCAGAUCCUGUCAAGGUCCAGAGCCUCCUCUCUAGAAAAUGUGAAAAAUCUAAAUUUUUGGGGAAGUGAUCUGAGUGAUAUCUCUGUUUUACGCCAGAUGCCCAAUGUUGAAGUUCUAAGUCUAAGUGUCAACAACAUAUCAAGCCUAGAAGAUUUUGCACAUUGUCCCAGAUUAAGAGAACUUUAUCUGAGGAAGAAUAACAUUGAAGAUAUCAAUGAGAUAGGGUGUCUGAAGAACCUUCCAAAGUUAAGAGUGCUAUGGCUUUCAGACAAUCCUUGUGCCAAUGUGGAUCAUUACAGAAUGACUGUUCUAAAGAAUUUGCCCAAACUCACUAAGCUGGACACUGUAGUGGUUGAGGAAUCAGAAGUCAUAGAAGCAGCAAAAGAAGGAACAGAUAUCAAAACACCAGAUGACAUUCCUGUCCAUGAUUUAGAAUUGACUGCUACUGUUGGAAAGGAUGCUCUCAAAACUGUUAGUGCUUUGAGUGAGGAUGUCAAUCAACCAGUGUCCAUAGAAAAGUGUGAUCCGGAAUCAGCACAGAGCAAUUUAGUAAAUGAAACCAAUAAACUUCGGGCCCAAUUAGGACUGAAGCCAGUGUUGCUGGAUGAUCAAACCAAUGGUGCGACAACUAUCGCGGCAACAAAUGCCCAUAAAAAAAAACCUGAAACAGUUUCUCCCACCCCCAGAAAUCAGAAUAUUUUAUCAGCAGUUCUUACUUUGGUACAAGAACUGGACCGUACAAGUCUUCUCACUCUUCGACAAGAGAUUGACCAACACUCAGAGAACAAACCCUCUCCCGAAGAAAGAGAGGCACUCAUAGGCUAA